GUGACGGAAUGUACAGUUCUCCCCAUUCAAAUCAAUCUUUGAUCGCUCCAUAGAAAAGUCACAGAAAUUAUAAGAUAAAACAAAGGUCUUAUCUAGAUAUAAUUUCAAUUAGCUUUGUCAUUAUAUAAUUUAAAGUUAAUGAUAACAUAAAAGUGAUAUAAGAGGAGUUCUUAAAAGAUUUUUUAAAAAUAUAUAAAUUUAGCUACGAAAUUUUGGAGAUUAAUUCAGCGUCUUGAAGGUCAUCUAAAUUUCUAAUAGAAUAAAAUCACAGUGGUGUUUGAAGAAAAUAAUGAGUAAAACUCUGAAUUUGAAGGCAGCGUUUGCAAUCGCUGGUGUUUUUGUUGGUUGUUGCAGUAAUGUCGUUUUUCUUGAAUUAUUGGUUAAAGCCGAUCCAGGCUCAGGAAAUUUGAUUACUUUUCUUCAGUUUCUCUUUAUUGCUAUACAUGGAUUCAUCUUUACCGCGAAAUUUGGCACUGUCAAGCCAAGGAUCGGCCUCAAAGAUUAUACAUUUUUAGUGGCAAUGUUUUUCGUAUCAAGCGUUUGCAACAAUUAUGCCUUUGAUUUCAACAUUCCCAUGCCACUUCACAUGAUUUUUCGAGCAGGAUCUUUGAUCGCAAAUAUGAUUAUGGGAAUCAUUAUUCUGAACAAACGCUACGAAUUUUCAAAGUACCUCUCUGUGUUUAUGAUCACACUUGGAAUUAUUGUUUGCACAAUCAUCUCAGGGUCAAACGUGCAGAGCACUCAAGUCAAUCAAACAGAGGAAAGUGCUUUUAGCGUCUUCUUCUGGUGGACCCUUGGCAUUACAUUAUUGACUAUCGCCCUCUUCAUAUCAGCCAGAAUGGGAUUGUAUCAAGAGGUUCUCUACAAGCGUUAUGGAAAACAUCCAGAUGAAGCUCUUUUCUAUACACACUUGCUUCCUCUUCCAUUCUUUUUAAUACUUUACAACAAUAUUUGGGAGCACUCUGUGAUUGCUUCAACUUCAGAUCCAUUCCCAAUACCAGUAAUUGGAUUUGAAUUGCCUUACAUGUGGCUUUAUUUAAUUGCUAAUGUUCUUACUCAAUAUCUUUGUAUCAGUUCAGUCUACAUUCUCACUACGGAAUGUUCAUCGUUGACAGUGACGCUUGUCGUCACGCUUAGAAAAUAUGUUGCUUUUCAUGAUUUUUCAGUACUUCAACUUCAGCUUGAUGCACCUAAACCAAGACCAGUGAUAUGCUCAACUGAGUUCCCUGAUAGACCAACUUUUUAUGGGCUUGAAUAUCAUGGAGAAAUUGAUCACAAGAAGACUGAAGAGAUUUUUCAAAAUCGUCAAGAUGGGGAAUUUCUAGUUAGGAAAUCACCAGGCAGUGUCGACUUUUAUACAUUAUCUAUGAAAUUUGAUGGAAAGACGAAACAUUACAAGAUUUAUUUCAAUACAAAAUAUGGACAUUUUCUUAAAGAAGACUUUAAAAGAUUUGAGACGAUUCAAGAUCUUGUAGCUGAUGGUCUUGUGAAUUUCUAUCUUCAAAAGCAUGCUGCACCAAUCAUUCAACAAAUGCUUGUUCAGACAAAAAAUUCAUUCCAACAAAGUCCUUACAUGACUUUAAAUCGAAGAAAGUUGCGUGCAAUUUCAAAUGAACUAAGACGAUCACUAAAAGUUCAGGAAAUCAUCGACAACAAUUGUAAUACAAACGGAAGUGGUUUAAAUAUAUGUGAUGAAAAUCAACCUUUAUUGAUGCCUGAUAGUGUUGAAGCAACUGCAAUUAAUAACAAUAAUUUUAACAUUUCAAGUCAAACAUCAGAUCAAGAAAAUGAACCAUUACCAGUCGUCUACGAAAAGCUUCAUAGAUUUGUUAUUAACAACUUCAAAGGCCUCAACUUUUGUGAGUUUUGUGGAAAUUUUUUAUGGGGAUUUACAGCGCAAGGUGUGAAAUGUGAAGAUUGCGGAUUUAUUGCUCACAAAAAGUGUUCGGAAUUAGUUCCAGCUAAAUGUGUGCCUGAUUUAAAGAAGAUUCGUGGCAUUUUUGGAAUUGAUUUAACAACAAUUGUCCAGGUUCAUAAGUGUCAAGUUCCAUUUAUCAUCAUCAAAUGUGUUCAAGAGGUUGAAAAGCGAGGAUUACAGCAAGAAGGAAUUUAUAGAAUUUCUGGUUUCGCUGAUGAAAUUGAAACAUUGAAAUUAGCGCUUGAUAAAAACGGUGAAAAAACUGAUAUGUCAGAAACUGCAUAUUCAAUCAAUGUUAUUACGGGAACUUUAAAACUAUAUUUAAGGUUGCUUCCUAUCCCAUUAAUUACUUUCCAAGCUUAUCCAAAAUUCAUUGCAACAACAAAAGAGAAAUCUGAAGGUGAUAUGGUACACAAGCUCAAAGAAGCCGUUAAAACAUUGCCAAUUUCACAUCACAACUGCUUGAAAUUCAUGAUCAACCACUUGAAUCGUGUCGCAUCACAUCAAACAAUAAAUAAAAUGACAGAGUACAACCUUGCGACAGUAUUUGCACCUACGCUGGUCUUUGCCUUUCUCGUCUUGAUCACACAGAGCGUUUGGCUCGUGUCAGGCAUGGCAAUGUCAGAUGCAGAAUGUGAGCCAAGUUCAUGUGGCAAAAACACAAAAUGUGAAGUUGUUGAUGGACGAGCAAUAUGUUCAUGCCUCCCAACUUUCAUAGGUGAUCCUUUUAAAGGCUGCCUUCACGAAUGUGAAGCUGAUGUUGAUUGCGCAAAGCAACAAUUCUGCAGCAAAUGGGAAUGUAUCGAGGCAUGUACACAAUGUGGAAAGGGAGCAGUAUGCACUCGUGUGGUAGACCACAGUGCAGUUUGUACAUGUCAAGAGGGAUAUUCUGGAGAACCACUCAAGGAAUGCCUCCCAGCGGAGCCCAAUAAAAAGGGCCACUUUGCUUUUCAUUUCUCAGAUGCAGCAUGUGAUCCAAGUCCAUGUGGUGACCCAAACUCAAAAUGUGAAAUUAUUGAUGGAGUAGCAGUAUGCUUAUGCCUCCCAACUUACACAGGUUCACCUUUUACAGGCUGCCGUCAUGAAUGUAUAGCUGAUGAUGAUUGCGGGUCACGAAACUUUUGCAGCAAUUGGGAAUGUAUCAAGGCAUGCACACAAUGUGGAAAGGGAGCAGUAUGCACUCGUGUGGUAGACCACAGUGCAGUUUGUGCAUGUCAAGAGGGAUAUUCUGGAGAUCCACUCUGUUCAAAAAUGUUCAAGGUCUUUGCCUUUCUCGUCUUGAUCACACAGAGCGUUUGGCUCGUGUCAGGGCAAGGCUGUUUACGUAAUCCAUGUGGAACAAAUGCGAUCUGCCAAGAAACGGUGGGUGGCCGCCCUGUGUGUACAUGUCCUAUUGGUCACAGUGGAAAUCCUUUAACUUACUGCCACCGAGGUGAAUGUUCUGAUCAUGUUGAGUGUGGUUUCAAUCAAGCUUGCAUGAAUGGAGUUUGUGCUAACCCGUGUAUUGGAAAGUGCGGGGUGAACGCUCAUUGUGAAGCACGCAAUCACGUUGCUGUUUGUUCUUGCCCUGUUAGAUACGAAGGAGAUCCGUAUACUCAUUGUAGAUUGGCUGAUCCAGAUGCAGCAUGUCGUCCAAGUCCAUGUGGUUCAAACACAAAAUGUGAAGUUAUUAAUGGGCAACCAACAUGUUCAUGCCUCCCAAGUUACACAGGUUCACCUUUGUCAGGCUGUCGUCAUGAAUGUGAAUCUGAUGGUGAAUGCGGAUCACAAGAAUUUUGCAGCAAUUGGAAAUGUAUCAAGUCAUGUACACAAUGUGGAAAGGGAGCAACAUGCACUCGUGUAAUAAACCACCGUGCACAUUGUGAAUGUCCAAAGGGUUAUAUUGGAACUCCAACCGGUGAAUGCCGACCAGAAUGUUACGGAGAUGUUGAUUGUCCAGGAUCGCGACCAGCUUGCUACUAUGGAAUUUGCAAGAACCCUUGCGAUAACGCAUGCGGUGUAAAUGCUGACUGUAAUCUUCGUGGUUUGACCCCAAUAUGUUCCUGUCCACGUGACAUGACUGGCGAUCCAUUCAUCAGCUGCCGUAAAUUUGUGCCUGAAGACUUAUGUCGACCAAAUCCAUGCGGAACUAAUGCAAUUUGCACACCAGGAUAUGAUAGAACUCAACGCGAGAGACCAGUGUGUACAUGUCCACCUGGGUACACUGGAAAUGCCUUAACACAUUGUGCUAGAGGCGAAUGUCAAUCAAACGCUGAAUGUCCUGACCAUAAAGCUUGUAUUAACUAUCAAUGUGUCAAUGCUUGUACCAACAAAUGUGGUGUCAACGCAAUUUGCACUCCAAAGAAUCAUCUCGCUGUUUGUACAUGUCCAAAUGGAUUAGGUGGAGAUGCUCAGGUUUCAUGUCGUCAAUCAAGAACGUAUCCAGUAGCAAGAUAUUAUCGGUCAUUAGAAAAGCAACUUGGAUUACUUGGAUUAAAUGACACAGUUUAUGUCAUCGAAGAAAACGAAAUAACCCCUGAAGAGAUUAUCAUUGCCCUUGUUGAACCAAAAGAGUCAUCACCAGAUGAUGUAACUGAAACACCAGUUGAAGAAAACACUGACAAUGUUACGGAGUCUUCAACUAUAGAAGCAUCAACAACGACAACUGAAAAACAAGCUGAAGUUCCAGCAACAGCAACAACAAAAAAAGAAGCUGAGGUUCCAGCAAAAACUGUCGAAUAAUUAACAAUGACUUCAUCCUUCUAAAUUUUCAUAAGCCUUACUUACAAAUUCGAUCAUUCUCGAAACUUCAACGACUCCUUUACUGAAAAGAAAUAUUUGAGUAUUCUGAAAAUAUAAAGUUUGCCAUACUUUUGUUUGUAAUUUGAAAUUUUAAGAUUUUGGAUUAUAUAAAAAUUACUGCUUUAAUCAAAUAUUUUUCGUUUUUUAUUUUUGAAAUUUAUUCUUAUUUAUGCCUUGUCAUACUUAUCAAACACAGAUUAGGUCUUAUUUUAAUU